CCCCAAGCAGCAGUCCAAUGUACGUCAGCAGUAAUUGUAUGCCUUACACUGCUGUACAGUGAGGGAGAAUGUAAAAGACAUAUCAAAAAGAGGUAUCAAACUGAGACCUAGAUGUUCCUUUUCAAUGAUUGCUCAUUUCCAUGAGCCAUGCAUGGGAUAAAGGUUACAACUUACACAUUCUCACAUAUUUACUUUUGUUGUUUUCAUAUCCUUCCUAUCAACAGACACUGGAUUGGGGGUAUAGUUGUUAUGAAGACUCUUUAUUUCUUUUUCUUUUUUUCCUCUUCUUUAUUUUUUCACUGGAUUAUUUGCUAAUCAGACUUCAGUGCAGGCAAGAUAAAAGAGAGAAAAUCUGUUGCCUAAAUAGGAGGCUUUUAAUGAGGAUGUGAGCCCCUGGGAGCUGGAUUCUGAAGUAGAACGAUGCUGCCUGCUGUUCCUCUUGUCAUUUCUUCAGUUGCUUCUUUCCCCUUUUCCAAUGGGCCUAGUAAGCAGGAACUAUCCAAGGUACUAGGAUGCUGGAAGCUUUGCUUUUGAAUGCAGACGGUUUGCAGAAACAGAGAAGAAACAGAUUACUGCUUAUUUCAGAAGAAUCUAUUCAAAUGAGGCACCUAAGCAAACCCGGGUGAUUGCAUUUGGUAUUGUAAUCAUCUAUGUGGCAAAGUGGGUAAAAAUCAUCCAAUUUCUUCUCUGCUGGACCUCAAAUCAGAGGGUUGUGUGGGUGUACCCAUCCAUUAGCUAUGCCCUCUUUUCUCUGAGUGUUGAUUUAAAGAAGCAAGUACCUGUCUUCUUCUGCCACGGCAUUUUACUGGGAAAACUUUAAAGGCUAUUCUAUCUGAUAGGAAGAAGAUCAAUAAGAUACUGAUCUCUAGUGAUGAAGAAUCUGAUAGUAUGGACACUUUUGCCAUCCAGAUAUAAUGCACUUUAACUGAAGAAAAAAACUGAGCUGAACUACAAGUCUGUUUCUUAUGGUGCUGGAAUACUCCUGCAGACUGCACUGAGAUAAAGCACGGGAAAGGGCUUUGACAGACACAAGUCACCUUUUGAUUAUUGCACUUAGCUGUCCCUGGGGACUUAAAUUUUGGAAAGUGUUUCUUCCUUUUUAACAUGAUCUCCUGCAAGAUGAUGAGUUCUAAUUCAGAGGAGGACACUUUGGAUGCUUUUCUCCAGUAUAUAGAGGAUAUGGGAAUGAAGGCCUAUGAUGGCUUGGUUAUUCAGAAUGCAUCAGACAUUGCUCGAGAGAAUGAUCGCUUACGGAAUGAAACAAACCUGGCUUACUUGAAAGAAAAGAAUGAAAAACGCCGCAAACAAGAAGAAGCAAUAAAACGCAUAGGUGGAGAAGUUGGGCGAGGACACGAAGGAAGUUAUGUGGGCAAACAUUUCCGAAUGGGAUUUAUGACCAUGCCUGCUCCUCAGGACAGACUUCCUCAUCCUUGCUCGAGUGGCUUUUCCGUGAGGUCCCAGUCCCUUCACUCAUUGGGGGGUACGGAUGAUGACAGUAGCUGUAGCUCUCGGAGACAGCCUCCCCCAAAGCCAAAGCGGGACCCUAGUACAAAACUGAGCACUUCAUCAGAGACCGUCAACGCCACAGCAACGGGUAAAAGCGUGAGACUCCCCGAGAGGACAGAAGGACCAGCCAAACCUAGACCCCACAGUGAUGAAUAUUCCAAGAAGAUUCCUCCUCCUAAGCCUAAGCGAAAUCCAAACACCCAGUUAAGCACAUCUUUUGAUGAAACCUAUAUUAAAAAGCAUGGGCCUACGAAGACUUCGCUGACGCGGGACACCUCCUUAUCACAGGUGAGCAGUCCUGCUCUAGACGCUGAGGAAGAGGAGCCUGUGUACAUUGAAAUGGUGGGGAAUAUUUUAAGAGACUUCAAAAAAGAGGAAGAUGACCAAAGUGAGGCAGUUUAUGAGGAAAUGAAAUAUCCUAUUUUUGAUGAUGUUGGCCAAGAGUCAAAAUGUGAAUUGGACCAUCACAGCUGCUCUUCUCAGUGUGCUACGCCCACAGUGCCUGACUUGGACUUCGCCAAGUCCUCAGUGCCAUGUACUCCAAAGGGUUUGCUUUGUGAUAUCCCCCCUCCCUUUCCAAACUUACUGUCUCAUAGACCCCCACUGCUGGUGUUCCCUCCAGCACCUGUCCAGUGUUCCCCCAAUUCUGAUGAGUCACCUCUAACUCCACUUGAGGUCACAAAGCUUCCUGUGUUGGAAAAUGUGUCUUACAUCAAGCAGCAGGCUGGGGCUUCUCCAUCAUCACUGCCAUCUCAUAGCUCUGGUCAUCCCAAACCAGAGAAAGACCAGACAAUAGCUCAUGGACCCUCUUCUUCUUCCUCUUCUGUUCAUUCUUCGUCACCUCCUCAUCCUUCCACUUUAUAUAGAACACCAUCUCCACAUGGAUACCCUAAAAGUCAUUCUGCUUCACCUUCUCCUGUUAGUAUGGGGAGGUCACUUACCCCCUUAAGCCUCAAAAGACCACCACCCUAUGAAUCUUUACAUUCAGGAAGCAUCUCAAUAAGCUCUCCAUCAGUGCCUCAUGCCACAGCCAGAAACACAUUACAGGAAGGAGGGAAGAUGGUAAAUGCCUCUGUCAGUACCUAUGGGUCAUCUCAGAGUGGCUCCCGCUCCAGAACACCCACAAGUCCUUUAGAAGAGCUUACCAGCCUCUUUACCUCAGGACGAAGCUUGCUGAGGAAGUCCUCCAGUGGAAGAAGGUCAAAAGAACCUGCAGAGAAACCAACAGAUGAGUUGAAGAUAAGAAGCCACAGUACAGAACCACUACCAAAGCUGGAAAACAAAGAGAGAGGCCAUCACAGAGCAUCUUCCUCUAGAGAGCCAAUAAAAGCUCAGGAAUGGGAUGGAACACCAGGACCACCAGUAACAUCCAGUAGACUGGGAAGAUCCUCUGUUAGUCCAACCUUGUUAGCAGGAAACAGCAGCUCAGAGCCUAAAGUAAGCUGCAGAUUAGGUCGGUCUGCAUCCACAUCAGGUGUGCCUCCUCCAUCAGUUACUCCUCUCAGGCAAGCCAGCGAUCUGCAACAGAGCCAGGUGGCAUGCAUGCAGUGGUUGCAUGGAGACCAUACAAUGAUGGAGAUGAUUGAGAAAAAACGCUGUUUGUGCAAAGAGAUCAAGGCAAGACAAAAAACAGAAAAGGGACUUUGCAAACAAGACAGCAUGCCAAUUCUACCAAGCUGGAAGAAGAAUACAGGGACAAAGAAGUACAGUCCUCCACCAUAUUCUAAACAACAAACAGUAUUUUGGGAUACUGCAAUAUGACAAAGUAUGAGAGGCUGCAAGCUCCACAAGACUAUUAUUUCACUUGUAUGGGGAGGGGGAUGUUCACCAAACCUGUUUAAGAGGGUGUUGGUUGACAUACAUCUUCUUUACUUGUGAUAAAAUGGCAACAUUGCCCUUGGAAAUCCAUGUUAAGUUGUGCUUACUUAAAAUAAGUCCAAGGCAAAUUAACUUUACCAACAAUUAAAAUAUGUGUGUUUAUUAAGGAUUUUUUUUAAUCCAAAAAAAUUAAAAUGUAAAUAUUUUGCUAGUCUAUUGAAAGAAAACACCUGAAAUAGUACACAUAUAUACAUAUAUAAUUUACAGAGGUAUCAAGAGUUUUACUAGAUAAUGUAUUAAACAAUUUAUUUUCCAUUAUCUAUGUAAUCCCCAAUUUGUUUUCUUUUCCUUACCCACCUAAAUUUGUCUUCUGUACAAAAGCAUGUGAGUAUAAAUCAUUGUUCAGCAGUAUAAUAUAUGAAUAAAUCUGGUGCUGGGAUGGUAGAAGUUGAAUAUCACCAUAUUCAUUAGGCACAUCUGUUACUUUUAAUUUUUAUUAAAACUUGACAGGAAAUUAAUGCAAAUGUAGCACCUAAUUUGGAUGUCCACAUCACAUUAAAACCAAUCUCUUUUGCUACAUUAGUUUUUAAGGAGCUUAUCUUAUAUAUCCUCUUGUUUAUAUUAAAUAAUGGUUAGUCAACUCUCCAGAGAUAGUUAUUCAGAUAUACUUGGCUAACCUAGUAGAAUAACUUGACUUUAGAAAUGUCUGUAGGGAUACACUUCCUUGCAUUGUUGAUUUUAUUAGUGGAGACCAGGGUUCACUGUGACUAUGAAAAGGGAUAUCAGAAUCUGAAGAAUAAUACUGUUUUCUAGAAGUUUUUUUUAAAACCAUGGCAGUGUAGCCACAAUUCCUGACAAAUAGAAGAAUGAAGGGUAGGAGGAUUUGUAUUUUUAUUUUAUUUUUGGCUGAUGGAAAAAAAUGAAAUUAUGAAAGUCAUUCAAGAUUUGUUUACAUUACUUUUUUUGUGUAUGUGUAUGUGUGCGUAUAUACUCAACUGUUUCUCAGAUUAGGUACAGUUAAGAUAAAAAUCACAUUUCUCCAGAAUCAUCAAUAAUUUUAAGAUGUUUAGGUCAAAGUUGUCCAUGCAGAAUUUCCCUUUGUAACAAAUUAUGAUACCAUGACCACAACCAAAGAAUUGUGACUUUUAUUUUAUUGUUUCUAUUUGUUUAAAAAAAAUGGGAUGGGGAUAGGGAUGGGUCCAAUUGUAUAUGACAGUGAGAUUUGUGUUAAGAGCUAUAUAUCUUCCAAAAACAAAUUAGCAAAAAUAUGAAUAUUGCCACGGAUAAAUGAAAAGUAAAUAAUCACAUAUAUUUUGUAUAUUUAAAUGACUAUGCUUCUUAAAUUUGACAGCAUGAACAUUCUACUUUAACAAUCACUUUAGUAUUCUUUGAAAAAAAGCAUUUUAUGACAUCAUUGUCAUAUUGGCUUUCCUUUCUAAAGAUAUUGACAGCAAUGCUACAGUGCUUGUCAAUAAAACCAAAUAUAACAGAAUUUCAUAGUUUUUUGUAAUCUAUAUUGCUAAACUUUAAUUAAUGCUUUAUCAGUGUAGUUCCUUUCAAGCCUUUGAGAUAUUUUAAAGAUAAUUUUAAUAAUUUAUAGAUAAUGUAUAUUUUGAUGUCCAAACUCAGAAUUCUGUAGAAGAUAAGGAAAAAGGUAAGUGUUUGUAUAUACAUGUGUGAGUGAAUAUGCAGGAAAUAUUUGCAAAGCAAAUUAAGAGUAAGAGGAUUUUCAAUAAUGGGGGUGGGAGAAUAAAAUAGAACCAAAAUUAUAGGAAGUUAUGAAAAGGUCUUUAUCACUUCAAAAUAAUUCCUGUCCCUAAAAUUCACCAGCUGUAUGUUGUUUCAAAUCCAACCACUACUGGCUUAUAAAAAUGAAAACUUGUAUUUGAUUUAAAGAAAAUGUUUAUAAUCUUAGUUAUUUUCUGUUUAUUUAAGUAAAUCUUUGCUAUCUAUUUAAUUAAAUCUACCAGAGAGAUUCAACCAAGUCAAGCUCAAGAGAUGUAGUUCUCCUUUAAGGGUAUAUUUAGGGCCAAUGUAGUAACCUUGCCAUAACCUUGAAAUUUACAUUGAGGAAAUGGCUUUUAAAGAGGAUAUUAAUGUGCUUGUCACUUCUUGUCUAACCUCUUUUAACUAAGAAGGAGACCUGAUAUUAAAUAUACAACUUAACAGAUGGGUAACUCAAUUUGAUGGAUAUAGUGUUGUAUCCACCAACAUCUGAUUAUCCUGCAUAACUUUUCCAGUUUCUUAGGUUAGGACACAUAUUUCCAUGUAAUUUCUCCCAAGCCCAAUCCAAAUAUGAUACAAUUGGGCAGUAUAGAAAAGUGACAUCACUGUGAUUUAAAUCCUGAUGAUACUUUCAGUAUAUGUCUAUGAAAUUGUUGAUUGCAUAUAUCUAAUCAAAUCCAAUGAACAUUUAUUAAGCAAUCAAUAUAUGCAAUAUGCAAAGCACUGUGGUGGGUGCCAAAGUAAAAAAAAAAGAACCCUACCCUCAUUAAUCUUACUUUGGAAUAGGAAUGAAUUUGCAUAAGAAAAGCCUUCAUUAACUGGUUUGCUUACUACAAAAAAAUAUUUCCCUCUUCUCUCAUUAUUUCUUUACCUGGACAAGUUAAAUUGGGAAGACAACCUCUUGAGAACCAGAAAGAAGACAAGUUGUGGAUCUGAUUGGAUUAUCUGAUUAGUAAAACACCAACAUUUCCAAACAGUUGGAUUGAUUAGUUAUUAGCUAUUGGUUAUCUUCCUGGCCAAAUCAGGCAUGACAUGGUCAUCAGGUUGCUUUGCUAUGGUUGACUGGUUCAGCUCCAAGGUCAAGAAAUGACCUCAGUGGUAGUCAGAGAGAUGGAUUUUCUGCAUACAGAUUGCCUCAAUAGAAAUAAAAUAAAGUUUCUGAAGGGAAAAUGAGAAAAUGGAAAAAAAAGGAACCCAGAUUCAACAUGAGAAUCUUAUCAACUUUACGUAAAACAAAACAAAAGAAAACAAAAUAUAUCAGUGUAUUUCCUGGCAUAGAGUUUCUUUGUUGUCAUAUAACUGUAGGCCUCCAUCUAUUCCCAUGUAGAUAUAACUGAAACAAGUAUGAAAUAAUCAGUGAUCUCUGGCACUAGUUAAGAUCUGCAUUUGCAAAACUGACAUAUAACCCACCACUAAAAUUUUUAAGUGGAUAACAAUAGAUAUCAUUGUGCUCAGUCAAAUAACUAUUUUACUUAGGAGAUGAACUUAAUCAAACAGGGUCCUGUGCAUCCUAAGCAUCCCAGAAAUCUUUCUGGACUUAAUAAAUGGUGACAUGGCUAAAUUAUACCUUUUUAAAAUCAGUUCUCUGUCUAGACUCAGCUAUACUCAGGUAGUAAGUGGAAGAUUCCUUCAAGGAUCCCAUAUUGUUCAGUAGCAUGCUAUUAAUGUUUAGCUUAGGCUGUGUCUAUAUGCCUAAAUUAGAUGGAGAGUUUUAAUUUACUUCAAUAAUCUUGAGUGAAAAUAGUUGAAGCAGUUGUCUGGCAAGUGUGUCUAGUUGAGUCAGAAGUCAAUAUGUGUAUACAGAUAAGCUUAGCAUCAUCCAUAUGCUAAUAAGAGGAAGGGGGAGGUAUUCAGUGGCCUCAGAUAGAAUGCCAUCAGUGCAUGCCAUCAGAGUGCUUAAUUCAUGUCCUUCUUUAUAUAUUUGCAUAUGAAAUGCAGAAAAUGCCAAUAGCUUAUAAUACAAAGACCAAUUCAUUCUUACAAAUACAUAUUUAAGCUAGUCAGGCAACAGAAUGCUUUGACCAACUCAUCCUGUCUACUUACAGUCAAUGGAAAUACAUUCAACCAAUGACAUAGUCAUUUUUGACCUGUCCAUUCUAAGUGGAAGACUGUCUUCCCCAUCUUCAUAUGCCCUAUCAUGCCCAGUACAAUGCCUUGCACAAAGGAUGCACUGGAUAAUUAUUUGCUGCAUCAGAUUUAAUUGAAUUGCAUUGGAUGAGAGGGCAAGUUGGUAUUUGCAGAACUGGGGCAAUUAAUGAGAUAAUCGCUAACAUUCCCAAGUUGAAAUUGUGAUAUUACAAACAAAAGAGGAUUGUUUAAACAAAUGAUGUUUGAUAUUUGUAUAUAUAUACCUUCUAUUUAAUGCUUUCCAGAUCAAGUAGAUAAUCAAAACAAAUGACUGGAAUGCAUUAAAGUUCAUUUACAAACACACAAUGUCUGUUUAUAUGUAAGCAUCUUCAGGCACACAUACAGUAUGCCAAUGGAAUUAUGUAAAUCAAUAAUGGGCUGACAGGUUUUGCAAUGUGAGGAACUGCUCUUGAACUCAGUGACUUGAGGAUUGGACUGAAUUGAAAACAGUUUGGUGUUUGGAUCAACGUCUUCUUGGCAAAUAGGUAUAUUGAAGGGAUAAAGAAACAACUGAUAGAAUUUCCCUUUAAACUUCAAAUUUAGGAAUGAACAUGCUUAGAGGAAUAUAGUUGGGGUUGGCUCCAACAAAAAGAUAUUUGAACAGUCUUUUGAGGUGUUUGAUGACCUCCCUAUUGAAUUGGGUUUCCUCAUCCCUAAUGUAUCUGCAUUGACACAUGUAUGCACCCACAUACAGUAUAUAUACUGUAUAUAUUUAUAAAAUGUUUAGUAUGCACUUCUUUUGUUUGGAACUCUUGGAGUUAACCUUUCUAGUGUAGCAAUUUGUGUAAAGUGCACUGUGAUGACAAGAAAGCACAGUCAAAUCACAGGUCUUGUUAUUCUUGCACUAAAAAAAUGUGUUUACGUAUUUAGCCACUGUAUGUUUACUUUAUCACUCUUUUUGAAAAAUUUAAAAGAAUAGCUACUAAGCAAAUGAUAUAAGAUAGUAUGUUUUUUAGUGGAUAAUGGCACUACAUUUUUAAAAGACAGGGUUUUUAAAAGAGAAGAAACCAUUUUAAUUCCAUUUCGUUCUAAUGUAACAUGUUUACGAAUAUCUUAAUAACUGAAUGUUCUAUUGCUUUCUUCAUGAGUCAUUAGAAGUGUCAGGUCUGUGCCUGAAAAUAUGUGCAAAGGAAGAGUAGGUAGCAGAUUUCUGUACUCAUGUAUUUCUUAACUAUUUCUACAUACACAGUCUACACACAGAUAUCAUUUCUUUUCAUUUUUGUACUUGAUUUUUUAAGUGAUAUGUAACUAUAAAUGUACUUUGAUACUUCUGAAGUAACAAUAUGUUGUUUGGGGGAAAAAUGUUUUGAUUUCCUUAGUGCAUUGAAAAUAUUUUGCAAUCCUUUUGUGCUUACUGAUUUGUGAUCCUGUGUAAUUAUAAUAAAAGCAAUAGUUUAAAAUAA